GCGAUAGUGUGACGAUAGGUUUUCGCACACAGACUGAACUCUCAAAAACGAGUUUUUCAUGUUGGUUAUAUUUGACUGAUCUGUUCUGAUCUCGGUCUAAACUUUUAAGAGUUCGAAUGCUCGGAGCGACGAACGCACAUUUUUACAGAAUCCUCGUAGAACGAACACAACAGAGUUUCAUUUGCGGUUUUUCUUUCACUCAGCUGAAUAGAUUUUUAGAUUCAAGGUACGUUCAACGUAACACUUCAGUGUCCUCUUGAAGUUACAAGGAAGUCGAUUGUUUUCGGUAUCCUUAAAGAGAGACGUUAGUUUCAGUGAAUUUGGGUUGCUUUGGAUCUCUCACUCCGCGGGACAAUCAGACGACUCAGUGCAGAUUUUCUUCUCUCAAUGAACAACACAGUUCAAGACGCGACGAGUUUCCCUCUGUGUCCAAGUCUACUAAUCAAGGUUACAAGCACACCUUACGCUCCAAACGCUAUAGCUCAGACUGUGACUCUACUAACAUGUAUUGUAAACGGAAUUUCAUGUCCUGUGGCGAUUGCAGAGAAUCUUCUGGUCUUCAUGGUGGUUUUAAGAAAACGCAGUUUACGAACAACUUUUAAUACUUCAGUUUUAUGCCUGGCAGUUACGGAUCUUCUAAUUGCCACAUUUAUUCAGCCCGCCUUUAUUGCGUAUCAGAUCGGGAAGUAUGUCAACAGUACCUAUCUAUGUGUUCCUUACUUUAUAAAGACCGUGUUCGAGUUUUGGUGUGUUGGGUUAUCUUUAAUCACUCUUGCACUCAUAACUUUAGAGAGAUAUUUUGCCGUGUUUCGGCCAUUCAUUUAUCGUGCCGCCGUCACGCAGUCGCGCGUAAUGCUUGUUAUUUUCAGCGGUUGGCUAUUUUGGUCUGCGUUCAGCUUCGGUCUACGUUUUUCAGCUUUUGGGAUGAACUUGAAAGCCUAUUCAAUUGCAUCUUCCAUUCUAAUUACACUUACACUACUACAAACAGCAUUUGUCUAUUUCAAGCUCUACAAGGUUUCAAGAAUCAAAGACCAUUCGCAUAGUCAAGCCAACAGAAACCGUGACACCCCCAACAGACCGAGUUCUUUAGAGAAUGCUGAAGCUAAAGCUACCAAGACUAUUAUAAUCAUAACAGGAGCGUUUUUUCUUUGCUUCGCGCCAACUCUGUGUGUGUCCUUAGUGCACCAACUUGCUUGCACAAGAGAUGACGUCAUGUUACACGUGGUUUAUCCGAUGGCCGAGAGUGCGCUGUUUCUAACAGCUCUUAUCAACCCCGCCAUUUAUGUCUGGAGAAAUGCUUCGGUAAGGGAAAGCUUAAAAGAGAUGUACAAGGUUCAUUAGUAACUGUUCUGUGAGCAGAAUUAUUUUCUCUACAGGCAAUUAGUGAAUAUCUAGUCAAGAGUUACGAGAAGCCGACCGUCUAAAAGGAUGCUAGAAGUCACUUAACAUCACCAAAUUUGCUGACAGUUCUUUUUUAAAUAUUUCUCUUGGGAGUACAUCUUGAAACCUAUAAGCAACUAGACUUCUAUUCUAUCGUGACUUUGAAUUACAAUCUACAAAACGUAUUUGUGCACGAUCCUCGCAGUAAAGAGCACUAUUUAACCAAUAGUGAAAAUACGACCUGAAUAAAUUCAGGCCUGUACGGGAUUCGAACCACUGACCUCUGCGAUACUAGUGCAGCGCUCUAUCAA